GCUGAAACCUUUAUUUUAUUUUGUUGUUCGAGCUGACUCGCACGCCGCUUAGAAUCAAUUUGGAAGAUUGAGGACGUUUUUGUUGUAUCGUAGAGUCUGCUUGUUAAGACUACUGUUAGAGUAUCCUCUUCCUUUUGUAGCAAAGAGAAAGACAGUCUGUCUAUUUUUCCCCCUAUCCCUCUUUCUCUGAUCUCCGUCUCUUUCUCUCUGCCCUUAUUGCUAUUUAUGGUCUAGGCAAAAAUUAGACACAUCGCAGCUAGCGGUUAACCUACUCUACAACGAGCACCAUUCGUUCGGACGCAAUCUGCAAAUGUAGUCAUGGUAUAGAAGGCUGUCGGGCUCGGACGUAGCAUUUGACAUUUGGACGGUUGAUUUUGUUGGGCUUCAGUCGUCUUUGGAAUCAUCAACGCUCUCGUCAUUGACGACUUUGGCGUUAUCCUUGAGUCGUUUAUGGUUUCGCAGGUAACGCAAGGCAUAGGAACUUAGCUGUAAGGACUGUCAAAGUUGCUUGUACACUCGUGGCAUGCCACUUGCGAUCUGCUUUUUGUGCCUUGUAUAGAUUCUGGAAUUAUCAUUAAUGAGAGUCCAUGCCAUUGUUAUCCACCUAUAACAAUAGGUACUUGUGGAAUACAUGUAGACUAGAAUACAUGAUUUAGACGAAAAUAUUCCGCCUUUAGAAUCAAAGAAGAUGUCUUAGGAAGGGAAGCCUCCUGACCGCAUCUUGAGAGUCUUGCAGCUCCGCCCGACCUGGAAUCGUCUUCCUGGACCGACGAAGGCGUGUUUUCAUCCCACUCCUGACGCCAUUAAAGCGCCCCAGCCAUGGACCCGGCCUCUACCAGACAGGCGCAGCACCACCACCAUCACUCUCCGCCUCCCAUGAUGCAAGGCAAAGACCAUCAUCAUCAUCACCACCAGCGCUCGUCGGUAGGAGCAGAGAAGGCCAGUGAUACGAUGAUACUGCAGACAAAUUCUCCCAUGCCUACAAACCAGGACCCGGUAAAAUGGACCAGAGAGGAGGUCUUGAACUGGUUGAAAUGGUGCCAAGAGGAGUUCUCCUUGGACAGUGUUAACGCCGAGAAGUUCACCAUGAACGGUAAAGCGCUCUGCCUCAUGCCCAAGCAGUCGUUCUGCGACCGGGCGCCGGAAUGCGGGGACAUCCUCUACGAGCUUCUUCAGAAAUUAUUCCGUAAAGAAUGUCGAUUUUAUCAUCCAAAUUUGUCAGACCAAAGAAGAUCGCCAGACCCACAGUUUAACAGUAGUAGCAGAAUCAGUGGAGCGGCAGAACAUCAGAAUGUCCCGGGAUCACCGCGGGAACCGAUGGGUUACCAAGGCAACCUGACGAUACCUCCUUCAAACUCCAGCCCACGUCUACCGAUGGAUCUCUCAGCACAGCCAGAAAAGUCCAACACACCAUGCAGCGACUCAGGUCAUAGUUCACCCGACACAGCAGAAGACCUCAGACAAGCCGCAACCAACAACCAAGCAUCCGCCAUCCACUACCGCCGUCAGAACGCGCCCCCUAUGAUCACCCUCACGUCGUCCAACCGAAGCUCACCCCAGCAGCGCAUGUUCGAGAAACAACCCUUGCGACUUCCCGGCGGGAAAAACCUCCACGACAACUUCAGCGAGUCGGUGAUGGAUUCCUCUCAGGUUCCGCCGUCGCCCACGAAGCGGCUUCGCAUGGACUACGGGCAGCAGGGCGGGGUUGCGACGGCGUUCCCGCACGUCAAUACGGCGCACAUCGAGCUCAGGCAUCGCGCCAAUACAGCUGAGCGGAUGGAACAGCAGAGCGUACAUCCUGGAUCGCACCACAGCCUGCAUCCUCAGACGCACCCGCGGCUUUUGGGACGACGCAGGUUAAGCUCCGAUGAUGGCCUUGCAGCCGGGAGAGCCACGUCGUCGUACGGGGUCGAACGGCACAGUACCGGUGCCCUGAUUGGUAUGGCGGGACUGUACAAUCAUGGUAAUAUACCAGCUAUCCCGGUGCCUUGCUCGGUACCUAGCCUAGCGGCGGGGUCAGCCAUUCUGUCAAGGUUGCAACAAAGGAGAAACAGCACUGGAGGAGCUGAAGGUAUAGGUGAUGGCCUUGGGCAAAGCCCUCAUCAGCAUCCAGCGAGCAUCUCAUCGAUGCCACGACGACGGAGCAUGGAUCCAGACGAUGUCUUUCUCCUGGAUGAGGAAGGGUUUGAGACUCGAAAAGCUGCAGGUGGUGACUGUCGUCUUCUCUGGGACUUCCUGGUCCAGCUCCUGAAGAACGAGACCUACAAGCCCUACAUCCGCUGGGAGGACCGACGAGAGAGGGUCUUCAGGAUCCUGGACCCGGUCCAGAUCGCCAAUCUCUGGGGCCUGCAGAAGAACAGGACCAACAUGACGUACGAGAAGCUCUCCAGGGCGCUCCGGUACUACUAUAAGAUGGGGAUUCUACAGAAGGAACAGGGGCAGAAGCUAACAUACAGGUUUCUGCAAGACCCCAAGGACAUCGCCAACAGUCAACGCUUUUCAAAGAUGGCCCGUAACAAGGACAAUGCAGAACAUUCCGAGGUCACGGGGUCGACGACCUCACCGAUACAUCACUUCUCGGCGACAUCAUCCACCUCACCACAGAUGCUUUCAUCUUCCCCUUUGACAUCGGCAUCGACAUCGACGUCGACUUCAUCGCGGUCAUCGGCCAUGAUGUCUUCGUCAAUGGCACCCUCAUCGCUCGGUUCAAGUAGGGUGUAUUGCCUGUCUACUCCCAGCCCACACUCUUCAUCUAUCCAUGUCUAUCCUGACCCCAAAGACACGUGUCAAAGUUCAUCCCUAGGUCAAAGGUCGUCCGUUCACAUGGCUUCGACGUCGUCGACCCCCUCCCCGUCUCCUCCUGAAGCUGCCGACGACCCUGUCGCCAUAGCGACGCAUCAGAUGGAAGGCGUGUCCAUGAUGGCACUUGCGUCGCCGUGGCAAGGUGGCGCCUCGGGAGCGUCGGAUACCAAAGGUCAGGGGUUAAAGGUCAAAGAGGAACCCAGUAGUAGAUCGAACUCGCCAGACAUGGUAUGCUAGAGGAUAUACGGACCUUUGUCUCUCUGUAGUUGGAGAAUGUGUACCAUGACAUCACGUCAUAAUGCAAAUACAGAACAGUAACGAACAUUGAAGUAAAGAUCAGUAUCGAACAGUAAAGAAUGCAUUAAUAUAGAAUGUCUUAUGUUUACUGUGUAUAUGUAAUUCCUGUUGCCUUUGACUUUAAAACUAGUACCAAAAGUUUCAGGCCAAAUUUGGAUAUUUAAAUGAUAAUCAAGAUUGUCUUAAUUGUUCUGAAUUCAAACUACCCAGCAUAUUUUUGAUAGUAACUUGUGUUUAUAUCAUUAUUGACGUAUCUCAGAAAAUAUUGAUAUUUCAACAUGAUCGUUUCGCUUUAGUGCACCACAUCGAAAGUUCACAUUUUAAGAUCUACAAUUUUUUUUUAAUUGUUUGUUUGAAAUCAUAUUGUUUUGCAAUUUGAUUUUGUAGGGCCUGCCAUUAUUCCAGAAUGAAUGUCCAAGCUAAGCCAAAGUAUCUCAUUUUGUUUGAAAUUAAAGAAUUGCGUUGCGUUCAUCAUCAUCAUAUUCAGAGUAAAAUUACUGCCG